GAUUUUGUAAUUCAUUAGACAGUUUGAAAACUCAUUUUAAUACCUUUUUAUAGAUCUGGUGUUGAUGAGGAAGUGACGGAAAAAACCACUCUGCUUGACGAAAUUCUUGAGUUAAAAGAUGAGGAGGAACGGGGAAAGAAAGAAGAAAAAGAAAAGAAAGAAAGAUCUGAUAACAUGGGGAAGGAGAUAAGAAAGAGGGCCCUAGAGUGUUUAACACCAAAGAAAGAUGAUGAGAGUGGAGCACCUAAAAGGAAAAAUUCACAAACUUGCAUCGUCGACUAUUUAAAAGAAAAAACAGAGCUUGAAGUGAAAACAAAAAACGACGACAUGGAGUUCAGGAAGGAGCAACUAAAAUUGGAAAAAGCCAGAUUUGAUUUGGAUAGACAGGAGAGGAUGCAAAGAAUGGAGAUCGAAAAGCAGGAAAACUUGCUUUUAUUGACUUAUUGA